GUUUCUCGUCUGCGGCGCUAUUUCUGUAUUGUCCGCAAAGUAUGCGGGAAUACAAGCUGGUUGUGCUUGGCAGUGGUGGAGUUGGGAAGAGUGCCCUCACUGUUCAGUUUGUGCAAGGGAUUUUCGCUGAAAAGUAUGAUCCAACUAUCGAAGACAGCUAUCGGAAGCAGGUUGAAAUUGAUUCCCAACAAUGCAUGCUAGAGAUUCUCGAUACAGCUGGAACUGAGCAAUUCACAGCAAUGAGGGAUCUUUACAUGAAAAAUGGUCAGGGGUUUCUGCUAGUUUACUCCAUCACAUCACAGGCUACAUUCACUGAUCUCAACGAUCUGAGAAAACAAAUCCUUCGUGUCAAAGACGUUGACGAGUUUCCACUAGUUCUGGUUGGAAAUAAAUGUGAUUUGGAAGAUGAAAGAAGUGUGGGUACCGAACAGGGAAGAAACUUGGCAAAUGAGUGGAAGUGUCAUUUCGCAGAGACUAGUGCCAAGACUAAAUCUAAUGUAAAUGAGUGUCAUUAUACACUCACAUGCACUCCACUCAAAUUGGAAAUUCAGUUUUAAUGUUGCGAGCUCUCUAGUAUUUUUAUUGGGACUCUAUCACGUCAGUCCGAAUUUGGUCGUAGGUUUUUCGAUUGUCCGAUGUUUAGCAAUGAAAUAGUAAGAGGAUUUAAAGUGUUUCAAUCAGACUCAAGCAUUUUAAAGUCAUGAUUAUCCCCACGUUCGGGAUUUAUUCCAAGUCGAACAUUAAACAUCUGUAGUGAAAGCCGCAAAAAUGUAUCCUAAUUUAGACGGACGUGUUUUGUAAGUUAGUAUGAGGUCCCACUCUGGUUUUCAAAUGAGAUAAACAUCUUUAACACAAAUCAGUCAUGAUUACCACUGAACAUACUUCACACUUUUGCUGUCUGACAUGCACUUCUGAGUAUAAAGUUUAUAAGUAUAAGCACUUAGCUUUACGGCGGUUAGUAGAGUAAGCUUUAUCAACGACUUUUGAAUGAUUAUUACGAGUCAAAAACGUCUAGAUGUAUAGGUUUACCCGUUCUAACGUAUCGGUUUUCAGGUGUAGUAGCUUACAACCUAGCUGAGGGGGGUUAUCACUUCUAACGCCAUGUCUUUAUUGUUGAUGGAUUCUCGUAAACUCAUCCCAUCAGGCUCUGAACACGAUAAAGAGCGACAACAAAUCAGAUCUAGGUUGACCACAAGUCUAAGAAACGACCGUGAGCAGCAGUGGGCAACGAAAGCAAGAGAGAUGAAAAAGGCGGCGGCUAUAGGGAACACAAGACAGCUCUACAGACUAAUAAAAGAAACUGGAAUUAAUAAGUCAAGUGUAAGUCAGACUAUUUCGGAAAAAGACGACACCCUCAUCUGCUCUCAGUCCAGACGUUUAGAACGAUGGGCGAAACAUUUCAGAGAACAGUUCAGCUACUUCACAACUACCCUCCAUUUCCAGACAGUGUGAAUGGAACAUUAAAGUAGGUCCCCCAAUUCCAGCAGAAGUUCAAAAGGCUAUAGUUAAUCUGAAACGAGGAAGGGCAGCUGGCCCAGAUGGAUUGGCUCCAGAGGUCUUUAAGGAUGGCGGUCCAAUUGUAGCGAUUAGGUUGACUAAUAUUUUAGCUAAGAUCUGAGAGUUAAACGUUAUUCCAUCUGACUGCUCACAAUCACUUAUCGUCCCAAUAUAUAAGAGAGGGUUAAAGUCAUCCUGUGAUAACCAUAAAGGGAUUAGUUUAACUAAUAUAGUAUCUUAAAUACUAGCCUCGAUAAUUAUCAGACGCCUAACUAAGACUCGUGAACUGCAAACACGAGAGAACCAAGCUGACUUCAGACCUGGUCGUGGCUGCAUCGACCACAUAUUCACCGUUCGUCAGGUUCUAGAACAUAGGCAUACUUAUCGG